UAUCACCACAAUAAGAUGUUUGACCUUGCUACCGUAAUUAAGUGGAAGCUCUCAAACAAUGAUAAAGCGCAGCGGCAGAUAGCGCGCAAUCUCAGCGAGCGCCGCCAGUCGACGUCUGCGCGUAACCCGCACCACACGAGGUCACGCGAGGUCACCGCGCAACAACAGAAGCAGUCCAACCUCCACGCUACACAUUACCGUACGUAUUGCUACAGUUUACCCACAGAGGUUAUAAUGCGUUACAUUAGCAUAAUACUAGCGUGCUCACUUGUAGUGGCGGCGAAAGCGGCGACCUUGAACGCGCCGAGCAACAGCAUGGCAUCCGUGGACUACAAAAAGGUUCCGAUUAAGGAAAAACCGUUAUUCCAGCCACCUCUGCAGGAAAUAGUAGACGUGUUGUCUGCGGGCCUGACCAGCACCUUUGAGACAGUGAGCGUGUCGGCGGAGGACUCCCCGGACCUGACGCAGUCGCCGUACAACCUCACAUCACCAGGUCUGACAGGGAAUGCCAGGCUAGUGGAGAUCGGCGGUCCUCCGUACCUGCUGCCGCUGGUGCAGCGUGACAAGCUGUACGACCUGGCGGCGCUGGCGCAGCACCUGCACCGGGACCCCGCGCUGCUGGCGGGCGCCGGCGCCGGGCCCUGGCCGCACCUCGGCGUUAACUGCGAGGGUAUAAUAAACCUGAGCAUCCGCAACGGCACAGUGGAUCAGGGCACGCGGAUAGUGUCGGUGGAGCCGGUGGGCGCGGCGAAGGGCAGCAGCGGCUACCUGCAGCGACAGCUGCCCAACACCGAGACGCGCACCGCGCUGCUCGGCAACUACCUGCUCAGCGAGGGGAAACCUGGCAAGGUGAUAAAAGUAGUUGCUAAGAAACGGAUCGGUCCAUCAAAUUUCAUCACUGCCAUCAGAGAGACGCUCAAAAACCAUUAUGGCGACAAAGUUGUUGGUCUGGGCGGCAUGUUCCUGCUGCGCGCUGGCAAGGUGAAGUUCCACGUGAUGCCGGACUUCUCCAGCACAGCGUUGUGCACGGACGAAGACGUGGACUCCUGGCUGCACUUCUUCGAGAUGAGCGCGCCCAUCACACAUGUCGGCACCCUCGUCACCGGAGACCAUGGGCUGGACCUGCGCGUGCAGCACUUCCACGGGUUCAGCGCGCACGGCGACGGCGGGCACUACCACUACGACACGACGCCGGAGGAGGUGCAGUACGAGGGGUACUUCGCGCUCGCCUCGCACAUCAUCCGCGUGGACGCGCCCGAGCAGACACACGCCGUCGGACGAGACUAGCUCACAUACAUCUACUACAUGUUAUUGCUCAACUCUAGGACAGAAAGGCAACAGAUUGAGAGGAUUGCUGUACUUAUUUAUUCAUGUAAGAAAGAUAUGGUUGUGUGAUUUGAACAUAUUUUUGUCCAAUAAAAUAAUAUAAUUUUCCGAAA